AUGGCAUAUCCCCCUCCACCACGAACACCUCUCCGACGGGUAUCACACGGCUCGCUACUUGCUCUUUCUCGUUCUGGGCAUGAUCCUGAUGCGCCUGACGGACUCGGAUAUCUGGAACCGGCAAUAUCAGAACUCGCAGACGAAGCGGAGACUCUCCAAACCAACGUAGGACAACUGCAACGACUCAGUGACUCGCUAGCGACCUUCAACGAGAGCUUUGCGAGCUGGCUUUACGUGCUGAAUAUGAACGCACUCACGAUGGACUGGCCUCAGGCGCCUAUCGACGACAUCUCAUAUGAACUUCAGAGGAUAAGAGCAGAAAAGGCGGCGCAACUUAAAAACGAAGCUCGAUUGAAGGCCGCUGCGCGCAAACCUUCUCCUGCGAUUCCACAGUCAGAAGAUCCACCGGCCCUUGAGGACGAAACCACUAUGGCUCACGAUACGACUACUAUUUCUGUCGGACCUAGUAAUAAGUCUAUCCCGUCCACCGGCGCUGGCAAGAAGGUCUCAAAGGGCAAGUCUAAGUUGACCGCGAAGGAAAAAAAGGAGCGCCUGAUAUUGGUGGAGAAGAUUGUCGGGCAUCUCCCAUUGUCAUUCCGUGGAAGCGACCCUGGAUUGCGACGGCAUGUUGAGAUGGUCAUCGAUCGCUUCUUAGACAAACCAGAUCGUGGUAUUCGGCUUAUUGAUUGUGUCGUACCACCUGAUCUCAACGAAGCCAGAGCUCGGAAGUGUCUUCUAGCGCUCGCGGCCUCCAAACUCAUUCAAUCGGAUAAUAGUACGGGCACUGUUUUAUACCAUUGGCAAGGCAUUCCGCAAAAAUAACGCGCGUUGUCGUCCAUAUGGCACAAUGAACCCAGCUGCAUGCCGUUAUUUUCGGCCGAGACCGAAACUGUAGAGAAGACAAUUCCC